AUGAGGUGGCAGUGGCAGGCAUCUGCCAAAGUGCCACUAACCGGGAGGUGGCAGAGAAUCCCAAUCCCCCGCCCGGCAAAGGAACCUGAUUGGCCACCUUAUCCACGCACCGGCCUCGUCACCACACUUCGCAAAUGCGCGGCAUGCCGUGCCAGCCUGAGCAAAGCAACAAUGUCGCAGCGAAUCCUCAACACUGCCAAGCCGACGCCAGCACCGACCCAGCGCCACCACCCUUCGCCGCCGCCUAAGCUCGGCCGCCGCGCGGCCUCCGCGGCGAUCGCCAUCGCGGCCGCGCCGGCGCUCCGGAGCGUCUCGCCGGCGUCGUCCAGGGCGCAGGAAUUCGAACCCGAAGCCGUUGGCGUCGCCGGUGCCGCGACCGCCACCGCCACCGUGGCGGCGCCGUGCCUCGAGGAGCUGCCUGUCACCGCGACGGCCUUCCUGGACGUGUCCAUCGGCGGGGAGCCCGCGGGGCGCAUCACGGUGGGCCUGUUCGGCGACGCUGCCCCGGCGGCCGCGUCCCGGUUCCUGUCCCUCGCCACGGGGGUCGGGUACCGGCGCAAGGAGUUCGUCAAGAUCGUGCCGGGCUACGUGCAGCACGGCGGCGUGGUCUCGUACCCGGCCGUCCCCGCCGUGACGGACCGGCUGGCGGCCGAGGCGGACGCCCUGCGCGCGCGGUGUCCGGGCGGCGCCGUGCACGGCGCGGCGGGCGCGGUGUCGAUCGUGGUGCGGGACCCGAGCCUGCCGCCGCCGAAGCCGAAGCUGGUGGCCAGGGGCGGGAAGCUGGAGGUGGAGGAGGAGCAGGUGGGCGUGGCGCCCAACGGCACCGAGUUCGUGAUCACCACCGGCGCGGCGCCCGAGCUGGACGCGUCCGCGGUGCUGGUGGGCAGGGUGCUGGACGGCAUGGACGUCGUGGCCAAGAUCGCAGCCGUGCCCACCGUCAGGGACAACGCCGCCUCGCCCUACUUCAGAGUGGCCAAGCUGAUCGGUGACAAGAGAGCAGUGGUUGCAGAGAGAGGAUUCAACCGUCCAUACACCAAGGUCGUCGUCUCCAACUGCGGCGUGCUAAGUAAAACCAAGUAGUAUGAGCAAGCAAUAAUCUUUUUCUUCUUUAGCGCGAGAGCUCCUUCUCUUCGCUUCCCCUGUUCUUCACAUCACAAGAGUUGAACGGAGAUUGACCGGAGUGGACGCGAACAAUCCAUUGCAGCGUCACCGUGACUUAUUGUAGCAUGCCAACCGCGCACUUUUCUGUUCUACUAUCGCCGUUAGAUCGGCGCACGCAACACUCCUAGCGCGACAGGCGAACGAUCUCCGACGCGACGCCCAGCUUCUCCUCCGUCUCCCUGCUCACCUUCUCCAGCGGCGACGCGAUCCUCCGCGCGUGGAAGAGGCCCGCGCACUUCCGCGGGAACCUGCGCAGGGCGCUCACGGCGCCGGCCGCGCGGGCGUCGUGCACCCGCAUGGUGGACACCCUGCCCAGCGCCUCCGCCCCGGCGCGGAGGCAGUCCGCGUACAGCGCCACGCACCGCGCCGCCACCGCUACCGCCCCACCUCCUCCCGCCGCUCCGUGGCUCAGGUCCAUCGCGCGCAUCCUGGCGCGGAGCGCCGACCUCCUGGCGGCCGUCACCGCGACGACGGCGAGCUCCCGGACCGUCGUGGCGCCGUCGCUCCGGUUGCUGGACCGGAGCAGCUCGAGGCAGAGGCUCGGGUUCGACGUCACGCGGCAGGUCUGGGACACCAGGGCCGACGCGCCGGCGGCGGAUGAUCCCGGGAGGGAGGAGGCGGCGACGGUGGCGCAGAGCUGGGCGGCGAGGAGGGCUUUGGGGUUUGCUCCUGCUGCGAUGCUCAUUGCCGUUGCCAUUGCCGUGGUCCGUGGAUGAGCCGGGCCUUGCGUUUGUGCAAAUAGUAAUGUCCCUUCGUCAUGAAUAAUAAGUAAACCUAUAUCGCUGAACCAAAGCGUGCCCUCCGGAGGCCCGUGCUACUGUUUUCGCAUGGGGCCCACUGCGUGUGUCAUCAGCCGCCGGAGCCUCUCCUGCUCUCGCCAUUCAUGUUGCGGCACGUAGCUGUGCACGCGGCAGCCUCCGGCCAGUCGCGUCGGUCGUACGCCGCUCGCGGCAGAAGGGAGGUCAACACCUGCGCGUCGUGCUUGUCCGCGGACCAAAUCAUCUCCGCCUGAUUCGUCGUGUCCUGCCUCACCUCGCUACCGUCGCCUCCUCCACCUCGCAGUCCCAGCGCCAUCACCGGCCUCCUCCGAGCCAGCCCUUCAGCUCGAUCCCAGGGCCCUCCUCCCCCGUUGGCCGUGAAGAAGGCUCGAUGCUGUGGCCGCGGAGGAGGCGACGGAUUCGUCGCUGGCGGCGCAGGAAGGGCGGGCACCGGUGCUCGCUCAGCGCCUACCCUUUCGGCGGCUUCGUUGCAGCCCAUCGCUGCCCCUGCAGGCAGCGGCAUCCGGGCUCACAGAGGCGUCGCGCCUCCGGUCCGCGCUUCCCGCAUCGUCUCCACGAUUCCCGUUUGGGCGGCCCGCCUCGAAGAAGCUGCCCAUCUUCCUGCAGCAUGGAGCGACACUUUCCAAGCCAAUGCCGCUCGAGCAGCAAGCCAUGGUGGGCUCUUCGGAAGGACACUCACAGCAAGCCGGAGGACACCCCCAACACCGCAGCCGAGGGCACCCAGCCCGCGCCCACCGAGGGAUCCGCCGACACUGCCCCGCCUGCCUCCGACGCGAAGGCCACGGAGGCGCUGCUCCCGUCGCUCACCAUCUGGCCGCCGUCGCAGCGCACGCGCGACACCGUCGUGUGCUACCUCAUGCAGACGCUCGCGGCGCCCAGCGUCCUCUCCCAGCUCUACGGGCUACGGCGCCGCCCCGGAGCCCGAGGCCGAGCACGCAGCCGCCGCCGUCCAGACCGAGGCCUUCGCCGCCACCUCCGAGUCCGUCGCCGGCGCGUCCCCGGCCUCCGUCGAGGGGGUGAUAGAGGUCCUCCAGGUGUAGUACUCCAAGGAGGUCAGCCGCCGCCUCCUCGAGCUCGCCAAGUCCCAGUCCGCCGCCUUGCCCCCGCUCAUCUACGGCCAUGCCCGACAGUGCCGCCACACUACCUGUGCUGCUGCCCGAGUUCAUCGAGCCCGCAGGUGGAUCCCCAACAUGCACGCGCACCAGGAAACACGACCAAGAAGCCUCGCCAUGUCGCCACUGUCACCGUCCUUGCUGCUGCCGCCGCCGUCAGCGGAGGCGAGCCAUUCGGUGUGUUCCUGGGGCAAAUCACGAACAUGAAACAAGAAUGUUGCUGCAAGUAUGUGUGCGCUUCGCCACCUCUGCACUUUCUUCUUCUUUUCAAUACCACGAACAUCCAUUUGGAGUUCUUCCGUUCAUCUCAACAAUUACACCUUUGAUUCUGAACUUCACCUUUGAUUCUAAACUUCCUAGUUCCCAUGAUUGCUUGCCUCGUAUUGUCAAAUUGACCGUUCCCUAUACCUUGACAUAUGGAAGGCCUGAUGUAAUAUUUCAUCUUUGGUUUCACUGAAUAGUCACCUGCGUCUGAAUCUAUUCUCUUGGUAAGAUUGUUUGACGAUUUGGCAUUGUAGGUUGUAAGAAGUAGAGUAGCCUUGGCCCUGAGUGACAUUUUUUAUUUCGAAAUAUUGUUUCUCACUAUUCAAUAAACAAAGAUCCAGUGCAAAAAAUUGCCAUGAUAUAAAAAAUAGCUGGGGACUUGCACAACCUUUAGGAUUACUGAAUAUCAAUAAUUAGUUUAGUCCUUCAGUUUUGUUCAGUGAUAGAGCAAGUCAUUUUGCUAACAGCUGCUGUUCAAAUAGUCUUCUUGGUUGUCUUCAAAUUUUUCAGUUUUUUGUGUUUUGUUUCUAGAUUUACUCAUAGGUUGGCAAACUGAGGUGAGUUUUUUUUCUAGAUUUGCUCAUAGCUUGGCAAACUGAGGUAGAGGUACAUGAUCUAUAUUCUUUUCACUCAUGCUUUGGAUUUCUUUGACAAGCAAUGACACUAAAUCUGAAUGCCUAUUUAGAAUUUCAGACUGCCUAUGCAUUCUGUGAUACCUUCAGUGUCUCCUAUCAUGUCCAGCAAGCAGGAUUUUGUAAAGGUACAAGAUCAGUUGCAAUUUUACAACCUAACAAUCUCAAGCUGUAUUUUGUUUUUUUGUUUCGACUAUGCCUUCUGUCCGUGAACCUAGUUAGGCGGGGCUCAACACAAAAUGACAUUUGCUGCCACGGUGGAGGCGAGCGAAGGAUCCAGUACCAAAAUUUAAAAUUUCUCUCUUUUAACAUACUGCCUUCUUUCGUAAGACUUUUUUUUGGGCCGAAUUAGAUUCUAGGUUGUAAAAAGUAGAGAAGUCUUUAGUCCUGAGUGACAUCUUUUUUGAUAGAAGAAUCUGUUAUUGUUUUUGUAUAAAUUAUCGAAUAGUAUUCGAAAACUUGAAAGUGCAAUAUAUGUUUUGAUCGACCUAAAAUAUUCUUGAUAGGUGGAGUUAUGCAAUUGUAGGAACUUGGAGUAGGACACCCUGCCUCUUCAAAUUCUUGUGGCCACAUCAAGGAUUCAAGGACAAUAGACAUAAGGUCAGGUAUCCAUUUCCAGCUGCUUUUUAGUUGCCAAAUUUAUGUGUUCAGAUAAUUUAUAGUUUAUCUCUUCCACUAAUGUGCACCUCUCUGUCAAAACUAAUAUGUUGAUAGCAUAUAUAUUUUCUUUUGUUUAAAAUGUAUGUGCUUGUGUAGAGGACAAAUGUCAUCAGUAGGGGUAUUACAUAUCUCAUGGCUAUGGUAAUAGGUUUUGUAUGUUGAAUAUUUUUUGAUGUGCUUCUGUGCUCAUGGGACUGGUUAUGAGUUGAGCUAUUUGCAAGCCGAGGUAGGCUCUGAAACAGGGGUGUUAGGAUCAGCAGCAUGCUACAUUUGUCAACUAUCCUUUGCUUCGGACAUUCAGGUAGAUAAGGUCAUUGCAAUCAAUUGAUAUUCUUUGUUAAGAUAAACAAGUAUCUCUGCUGCACUUGCAUGAUGUUAAUCCUCCAUCCUUAACCCCAUAAUUAGCUUACUUAACUACAAGUUGUACUUGCAGAUAUAUAACUACAUGAUAAGUGCAACUAAAUGCACACUGGCAUGCGCGAAUGCUCUACAGGCGCAGCGUUAGCGCACCUACCAUCCUAGUCUUAUAUAUAGCGAGGAUAGAAUUUAUUGUAGCAUUGACGAUGGCGAGGAGGUAACAGAUGAAGUGAAAAUAAAAGGUGGCUUCCAUUUACUGCAACGCUUAACGCACAUCACAAUUAGGACUCAUCUCUGCACCAUCAAACAUCCUACCAGUACCAGGUUGGUGCAAACUUCCAAAAACUAAAAGCCAGUAAAACCAACUAGUAUUCUCCUCAGACAAUGAACUUGCGCUAAAAUUAUACGAAACAUUGGUUUAAGGUGGCCGAGAGAUGUUAAAUUUUGGGGAAAGUUUGUAUCACAAAAAGAUGACCAGUUAAAAGUUACUGCCACUCUGUUAGAAUUUGUUCACCUGGGCCUACUGGGCCUUUUAGCCUUACCGAAGCAAGAGCAGCACAUCUAUAUAUUCUAUAUAGAUGCAACCCACUAAGUGUCAUAAUUGUAUUUCUCUCAAUCCUCGUGCUGCCACGUCAUCAAUCCACUAAGUGCCAUGUUGCUAUGUCAUCAACCCACUAAGUGUUAUAGUUUCUAUUUCUCUCAGUCAUGUUUUUCAAUAUGUUGCGGUUCAUCAAAAGUAUAAAUAAAGAAGAAGCCCAACAGCCAAUUUUUUUAUUUAUCAAUUAAAUAUUACUCUAUGCAACAUACAUAUGUUAAAUCCCCUCCCUUUAUUUUCUUUUAUCAUUGUAUCAUAAACAUUAUUUUCAUUUAUCAAUUAAAUAUUAGUCUAUCUAAUAUUAAUAAAUAAAUCCACAUUUGUUUCAAAAAGAAAAACAAUUAGUCUCCUAUGGUAUUUCUGUCUUCUAAAAUUGAUGCAUCCCACUAGGAAACGUUAACAAAAAGAAAAACAAUUAGUCUCAUAUGGUAUUUCUGUCUUCUAAGAUUGAUGCAUCCCACUAGAAAAAUGUUAAUUUAUAUUUCUCUCAAUCCUCAUUGAGCCACCAAUAAUGGAAGAAGCACUCCUUCAUCCACCUUACUAUGUCUCUUCAUUUCUCUCAUGUUUGUAACUUGAUCAUCCAAGCUGUCAUUUCCUUAAAUCUCUCUAUCUAACAAUACACUACCACCACCACCCCUUCCACUUCUCAUGAUCUGUAGAACCCAACGCUCUAUAUAUUUUGCUUAGUCGAAGCCAUCGUAGCGUUACACACACUCUCGACUUCAUUAUUACAUUCGGUUCUGGUAGCUCCUUGCCUUCUCCAGCUGUUUUGCUACUCUUAAAUUUUGUCUUGCAUCACUGUGGCAUGCAGGAAGAGCACCGUGAAGGAUUGUUCCAGGUCUCUUCUCUUCAAUGUUACACAUUCAUUCAUUAUGUUCUGAUAUUGACACUAUGUUUGGUUCCUCCUUAAUAUUUUACUGUUUGAUACAACUAUAUUUGUACAACUAUAUUUCCAAUUAUCAACAUUUCACACACAACUGCAUUCCUCACAUUUCAUUUUAAAAAAAUAUUUGCAUAAAUUUCGCUUAGCCAAAGAGUCGAUACAAAGUCGAAUCACUUCGCAAAAUGAUGCAGACUUUUUCCAUUUUCUCCUAAAAUAAAAUUAAAGCGAUCUUACCAUACCAAUUACGAUUCCUCUUUUUAUCAGUUUCAUCAACUUGAAUUUUUUAUAUGUACUUCAAUUUUAGUAUUUAAGCAUAUCUUAUAUACAAACUAUGCCAUAUAUCUCCAAUGCUAAAAUUGACUACAACUUCAUAUCUCCACCUUUUCAAUAGACUCAACUUCAACAUUUUUGUCCACAAAUCCCGCAGCAACGCACCGGGUAUUCAACUAGUAUCUUAUAUAAGUGCAACCCACUAAGAGUCAUUAAUAGCUAUUUCUCUCACAUGUGGUGAAGCCACAUCAUCAUUUUAUUUCCACCAUUGGAUCUGAAUGAAACCCCAUAUCCUGGCCUUCCACAACUCACUAGGAGUUCUUACCUUUUUAAUUGGUUUUAUUAUUGUCAUAUAUAAGUGCAACCCACUAAGAAUCUUUAAUAGCUAUUUCUCUCACAUGUGGUGAAGCCACAUCAUCAUUUUAUUUCCAUCAUUGGAUCUGAAUGAAACCUCAUAUCCUGGCCUUCCACAACCCACUAAGAGUUCUUACCUUUUUUACUUGAUUUUAUUAUUGUCAUAUGACGGAAUUAGCAAUAAAACGUCAAAAAAAUAAUGUAUGUGCUAAGAUCCCUCGUUCAUUUUUAUCACAUCCAUUUCUAACAUCCUAUUAUACUACAGUAAUGUGGAUCACGAUGGUGGAGAAUCCAUAACCAAUUCAAAUAUCUACAUUUGUCCAAUGAAACUAUUAAACAAAAUAUAUUCUUUCCAAUUAUCAAUAUUUUACACAACUGUGUUGCCCACACUUAAUUUUUUUAAUUUUUUUUUUGUAAAAACUUGACUUAUCCAAAGAGAGUCGAUGCAAAGUCCAAUCUCUUGCUUCACAAAAUAAUGCAGACAUUUCCAUUUCAACAUUAAAGAGUCCUUAUCGUAACUAUUAUGGUUCCUCUUUUAUCAGUUUCAGCAACUAUAACUUUUUAUAUAUACAUCAACAUCAGUAUUUAAGCAUUUUUUAUAUACAACCAUGUCAUAUAUCUCCAAUGCUAAAAUUACCUGUAAUUUCAUAACUCUAUCUUUUCAGCACAUUAAACUUUAAUAUUUUUGCUCUAAAAUCCCGCAGCAACGCGCGGGGUAUUCAACUAGUUUCUAUAUAUGAUUCCCCCGCCGCUCCGCGCAACCUCAGGUGGUCCACGACAGUAAAAUUUUUUUUGACCGUUUGAUCUGUAUCCUGCGGUGCCCAUCUUUCACCCAGCUGCUGUAAAAAAAAUCUUGGUUCGCGAAGCAUCCAGCGGCCUCGACGCUCCACUGACCUCUCCGAUGGCGCUCGACCUCCUGUGGAUGGCGAAGCAAAGGCGGCGGCCACUGUAGCGCUGCCGCCGCUGGCGGACGGCGGCUUCACAGCCGUUAUGGACGGGCGGCCGCGACGCUCAUCGGCUCCGACCAUAAUCGGCGCCUGCGCAAGGCAUUAUCCCACAUCCAGAGCCUUGGCGGCCUGCCCAUCCACAGCACCAAAGGCCGGACGCGAACGCCACUGAGGAGGAGGUCCGGUAAGGUGGCCCGGCGCUCCUUCCUCAUUCCCUCCCAGCUUCGUCCCCCUCUCCUCCUACGUUCUCAAAGGCUGCGAGCCCCGCAGGCCGGCCGCCCAGGAUCGCCCCGUCCCAUGGUCCCGCACAUGGCUUGGGGUCGGCGCUCACGGAUCCACCUGCGGAGCAUGAGCUUGGCGCGGCUCCGGCAGCCCCGCUGCCCAGUGAUGGCCACUACCCAUGCCUCUCUGCCUGGCCUCGCUCCAGCCCCGGCCAGCGCGACCACCUCCGCGCGCGACCUACCCUCCUCGCCCACCACCUGCUCGACGAGUUGCCUGCCCUCCCCCAAACCACUUGCGUGUGCACUCGCAGAACAAGACAAGGCGGGCAUGAACCGCAAGGUGCUGCUUCUCUCGAUCAGCUUUGAUGGAGGUUGCCAGAGUUUGUGCCUACCAAGGUGUUGGAUGUUAGUGCCAAGCCAAGCUCAUCACUUUGGGCCUAUUUGAAUUGCUAUUCUAAGCUAUUGUCAAAGAUGUUGGGCAGCUACGGCCUCAACAUCGUAACAUACACUAUAUGGCAAGCGGCCUUUCACCUUUGGUACGUAUCGAUGCUGCCACAUAUGAUGUUUAAUAAACUGCUCUGUUCUGUCAAAUGGCAGAGACUCCAUUGAAUAGAAUGGGACAUCUACAUGAACCGUUAGCCAUGAAUUUGCCCUGUUGAUAAACUCUGAUGUUCCAUUACUACCAACAGCCUUGCUUCUCUACGUGCAGAGUGAGAUGCUGCAGGAGUCCAAAUAUUUUGAAGUUCAAGUGGCAAGUGCAGAGUUCGCAGGUAUCAGAAUAUGAUGGGUUGCUAUAUCUCUAUCAUUUGGCUGCCUUAAUUUAUACUACAUCUGGUACAUUUUUUAUUGCUUAUUAACACUAGGCCUUUUCUCAUGAGAUAAGGCCAGUGAUACGAGUUUACCUAGAAAAAAUUAUCCACACAUCGCCAAGUGACAUUGCUAGUUCAGGCAUAUCAUAUUUACUACCUGUCUUGCAUCAGUUACCGCACUGUUUCUUGAAUCAGCUUACAUCCAUUUAAAAUGUCAGUGUGGAAACUCUGUAAGGCUUCCAGCCAUUUCGUGGAAGUAUUUUCUAAUUUUUUCCCCUUCCACUGCUGCUUCUAGGUGGAGAAGAAGAAGUCUCAUUCACUUCUAAAGUGAUUCGAUCAGAGAGUCUGCAAGAACCAGCGCUAUAGCUCUAGUAACUAUCUUAGAUCGCUGCCUGCUUGUAUACAAUAUGAUUCCGUCCGGUGGGAGCUCCAUAGAUUUUUCUUGCUAUCUUGUUUCUAUAUGUCAUUUGCGCACCGCUUGGAGCUCAACCAGGCUGGCCACGAUAGCAAAAUUAAUUUGGACCGUCCGAUGCGCAUCAUGCGGUCGUCGUAGCUUCUGACCUCCCUGAAACAUGUCGUGCCAUUCCAGUAGGCGGAAGGUUCUGGCGCCUUCUCAACAGCCCGUGAGCCUUAUCAGCAGUUCAGCACACGCUGCUUUCUCCUUCAUCUCCUCCGGCUCGGACCGAACCGAGCUCCCUUCGCUGGUCGAUUCCGACCAUCUCCGGCAGCCCCUUCUCGAUUCUUCACUUGAGCACCUCCCUCACCACCUCUUCCAGCUUCCCAAGCCCCUGGUCGAGCUGCUCCCCGGCCGAAUCCGCCAGAAUCGAUCCUGCCACUGCCGGCCGCCACUAGAGUUUCGCCCGUCGCUCCGGUCUGUCGUCGACGACCCUCCUCCAGCCUCCUCCUUGCCCACCCACGUGCAAAAAUCGAAUACCCGGUGAGCCUUCGAUCCAUCCGGGUUGUUUCCCUCUGUUUCGCACAUCGCCGGCGCCGAAACGCAGUCGCGUCGCCAUGGUCGACCCGUCGCCGUCGCUGUUGCCGCGCUCCUCGUGAGCCGCAAGCGUCCAGAGCCGUGCCACGCCACCGAGCGCGCCGGCCCCUCCGGGGCUCGCUGGCCACAGGCCCGCUUUGCCCCGCCGCCGGCCGCGGGCCCUCCCUGACCCAUCGGCGCCGACCUCAUCCACGCACCGCGAUGGGGUGCCUCUCCUCUGCGGCGCAGAACCCGUCCCCUCGCCUCGUCCUCCACUCCUCCCACCGCCUCCACCUCAACUUCCCCCUCCCCCUACCCAGGCCUCUCUGCCUGGUCCCCCGCCCCGGCCAGCGCGGCGACCUCCGCCCGAAGCCCUUAGCUCGACUUCAAUGACCGGCGCCUAGAUGCGGCUAGGCAGUCGGCCUCACCUCACCUCCACCGCACCUCCCUUUCUGCGUUUCCAUCUCGCCUCCCACGCCGCCUCUCGCGACCCGGACAGAUCGUACCCUCCCGGCACGGCGGCCAUGGAGAGGCUGAUCUCUUUCGUCAACAAGCUGCAGCGGGCCUGCGCGGCCCUCGGCGACCACAGCCAGCAGAGCGCCCUACCAACGCUCCAAAGCUUGUUGCCGGCCAUGCAGUCGUUGGAGGCCAGGUGAUCGGCUCCCCUUUCUUUGCACGCAUUUUGGGUUGGUUCCUGUCGGAUGCAAUCACAACUGCGCGGGGCGACUAUCACGGGUUGCUUGUGGCCAUGGAUGCCCCGUCCUCCCUCUCCUCCCUUCCCUUCAUCUUCCUCACCAGGCAAGGUAAGAUUCACCUCUGUGUUUUAGCUUCCUUUACCCUUUGGGUGGACAGAAGAUUGACCCAGUAUGCAGUAGUCCGAUUUCGGCGAGGAACAACUCUAUGAGAACACAGGGUAGCAGCCUAGCAAGCCAGUCGGUCAAUGCUUGCAUCCUGCAGUGUAGCUACGGAAGUGGUCCUCACCACUGAACAACAACAUUCAGGUAUGCAUACUAUUCAAAGUUCUAAUACAUAUUUUUGCAACUUUUUGUUACUGCAUUUAGACAUCAGAUUUAUGUAUUUUAGCUACUCACCGUAUAUCCAUACAUUUGCAACAAAGAGGAAAGAAAAAGAAAAUUUUUGUUCUUUAGCUUAUACGGUCCUUCAAUAUUCCAAAGAAUCUCAAUUUCUCUUUCCGCUUUAUUUUGUAUACCAGCUGGGUUCUUCAUCUUUAUUGCUUAGUAGAUCAGAAUGACAAAGACUCUAGAAUCAAGUUAUUUGCACCGUUUAUAUCAGAAGUGUGCUAUCCCUUGCAGCAUAAUUAAAUCCAAUUGCUUUGCAUCGAUCACAGCAAAACAAGAUGCCUAGGCGAUAGAUAAAUAAUCCUUGCAGGAAUAUUGGUUCAGAGUCUACACAAAAACAGCAGGCAUGAUACUAUUAGUGUGGACUUUACCAAGUUACAGGUAAGUGACUGUUUAAAAUUCUAAGCUGGCUACCCUUUUACUCUUUUGACAAUUACAUGUCAAAUAGUUUUAAAUCACUGAAACCUUUAAAACAGAUUUAUCAUAGUUUGAAAUUGAUGUGCAGCACAUGCCUCACCAGGGUUUGCUCUUGGUAGAAGGUUCCAGUUCUAUGUCCCAGCAGAUUUCCUAUCUACUCAUCAAGCAUUUAUUUUUCUUCAGUUAAGUUUUGCGGAAAAAAAAAGCUUCAGGCAAGGCUAUUCAGGAGAGAAGCAGGGUUGAGGAGAUUCGAGUGCUGUUCAAGUUUAGCUGCUACUUGGGCGCUAUAGAAUGUCAAUGGAUUGAACCACCUUACAGCGAACCCGGAGAAUGGAAGUGCAAAUGCUAGGAGACCAUGUGCAACAAAUGCUUUAUGAAAGCAACUGGAGACUCUAGGAACUUUAUAAUCCAAUUUCUCAGUUACCAAUAAAAUAUUUUAGUGUAGCUUCUAGGGGGAAAAACAUAGUUGUUAGCUUUAUUACCAUUGUAAACAAAUCUACCUAUGUAUUUAGAUUCGUACUAGAAGACUAAAUGAUACUUCUCUGUAGAUCACAUGUGGCAUUAUAAAUAUAUGAUUUCUAUAUUUACUCAUGUUGAGAAAAAGAA